AUGGCCGCGUCUUACGUAACAUCUGCACUCGAUGCUCUCGGCUUUGACGUCCAGGACUGCUGCAACGAACUCGCCUUCUGGGCCCUCAGAGCAGAUGACUACCCUGAUGCCUACGAAGCAUGGAACGCAGCCUUCUGGCAUCGCAACACACCUCCCACUGUUCACGACGUUGAGUGGUGCAACGCUCUCGAACUUAUUGGUCUAAGCCUGCAUAUCCACAACCGCUCCGCAGAAGCUGAAACGUACCUCCAAGAAGCGCUUGCGUAUAAGGAAAGGACACUUCCACACGGCAACAAAAGAGUGUAUGAAUCUCUUGUCGGGAUUGCGAGAGCGCUGGUCGCUCAGAGCAAAUACGUGGACGCAGAGGCGUACUUCCGGCGUGCACUUGAUGGCUAUAGGCGGCUGUUUCCAGAGGAGAACAGAGAGUUGUUGCAGAUUACCAAUGAGCUUGCAUAUAGUCUGGCGUGUCAGGGUACAUCUCGCACGGUACGAGAAGCGGAGGCAUUGGCGAGAAAGACAUUGAAGAUAAGAGAGAAAAUUUUGGGGAGAAUGCAGCAAGAGACGGUAGAAAGUGUGUGGACCUUGGGUUUUGUGGUGGAGAAGGCUGGGAGGAGAGGUGACGCGAGACAUCUGUACGAGAGGGUAUAUAGAGAGGGGGGAAGGUUGUUGGGGCAGGAGCAUGUUGAUGUUUUGGACUACAGAAGCGAUUUGGAGAGACUUGGAAGAGAAAACGAUGAGGUGGUACAGUGUUUACUGUUUUGA